CUCUGCGAGGACCCCCCAGAUGAGCACGACCGGGGGGCACCUCUGGGUGCUCUGAGCACCCCCCCCCCAGCGAUGUGAGCCCCCCGUGCGAUGCCCAGCGCAGGAUGGAGCCCUCCCUGCCCUCCCCGUGGGGCUGGAACGGCUCCCGAGGAGGGGGGGCCCGGCCCCCCAACAACGGCAGCGCCGAGGGCAAGGCCAAGGACGGCGGGGGGGCGGCGCGGGCCGUGGGGCUGCUCUUCAUGGUGCUGCUCGACCUGACGGCGCUGGUGGGCAACGCGGCCGUGGUGGGGGUCAUCGCCCGCACCCCCGCCCUGCGCAAGUUCGUCUUCGUGCUCCACCUGUGCCUCGUGGACCUGGUGGCCGCGCUGACGCUGAUGCCGCUGGAGAUGCUGGUGGGCUCGGCGCUGGGGGGCUCGCCGGGGCUCUGCCGCGUCUACCUGUUCCUGCUGGUGUGCCUGAGCUCCGUGUGCAUCCUCUCCAUCUCCACGCUCAGCCUGGAGCGCUACUACUCGGUGGUGCACCCGCUGCGCUACGAGGCGCACAUGACGCCCACGCUGGUGGCCGGGGUGCUGGCGGCCGUGUGGCUCAAGGCCGUGGCCACCUCGGUGGUGCCGGUGCUGGGCUGGCUGUCGCCCCCCGAGCGUCCCCCCGCGCCGGGCUGCUCGCUGCAGUGGAGCCCCGGCGCGCCCUGCGUGGUGUUCGCGGCGUUCCUCGCCGCCUUCUACUUCGCGCUGCCGCUGCUGGUCAUCGUGCUCACCUACUGCGCCAUGUUCCGCGUGGCCCGAGUGGCCGCCGCCCAGCGCGGCCCCCUCCCCACCUGGCUGGAGACCCCCCCCCCGGCCCGCCGGCGCUCGGCCUCGCUCAGCAGCCGCUCGCCGAUGGUGACCCCCCCGUGCCCGGGGGGAGCCCCCCGCAGCACCCCGCACAGGACGCCGGGCGCGGGGGGCAAGGCGGCCGCGGUGCCGCUGGCCGUGGGGGGCCAGUUCCUGCUCUGCUGGUUGCCCUUCUUCUCCUUCCAGCUCUACGCGGCGCUGGGGGGGGCGCGGGGGGGCGGCGCGGCCGAGACCGUGGUGACCUGGCUGGGGUUCUGCUGCUUCACGUCCAACCCGUUCUUCUACGGCUGCCUCAACCGGCAGAUCCGCGCCGAGCUGGGCCGGCUCGUGGCGACCCUCCUGAAGCAGCCCCCCGAGGAGGGGCUGCGCCUGCCCAGCCGAGAGGGCUCCAUCCAGGAGAACUUCCUGCAGUUCCUGCAGAGCACGGGCAGACCCCCCGAGCCC